AAGAACUUCAAGCGCCGCUUUUCGCUGUCCGUGCCAAGAACGGAAACGAUAGAGGAGAACGAGUUCACCGAGCAGAUCAACCAGCUCAACAUUCAGCGCAGUGAGGACAUGGCAGCAAGUGCUUUCCUCAGCCUGAAUUGUCGGAGCAGAAUAACAUUCUCCCCAAAACCCCCUUAAAACCCAAAGGUCAGAGCCAUACCUGAGAUAGAGAGAUCAAUGAAAAGUGUGAGAACUGAAAUGAAUCACAGCUGGUUGUGUGUGUGUGUGUGUGUCUAUGUGUGUGUGUCUGUGUGUGUGUGUGUGUGUGUGUGUGGUCGAGCUGAUAUUGAGUUACAGAUCUAAUGAAACGGAGGCGGAGGUAUAAAUAUUGAUGAUUCAGAUGGCUACCUGAGAGACCGAGCGAAUCUCUUGUUAUCCAGAUCGCAGCAAUGCCUUUGUUAAGCAGCCCGGUCGCCAUGGAAACUAGCAAUUAAACGGCAGAAUGCCUUUGAACAUCAGAGAUGCGUUCGAGAUCGGCGAAGCCUGACAACGAGAAGGAAACUCCACUGUACCCUAAUCAGAGGAGGGAAAGGAAAACAAAUGAUCUGGUGCCGAACAGCCUGGGCCUGCACUCCCUCCACCCGUCUCCCAGUCCACUGGCCUCCGACCAUCAGGCUCCAUCUCCCACGCAGCUGCACUACCAAAGCAAAGUCCAGCACCGCCGAUUCUCCAUGGAGGACGUCAGUAAGAGGAUGGCUCUGCCCAUGGACAUUCGUUUGCCGCCGGAGUUUCUAAAGAAAUUGCAGAUGGAGAGCCCAGAAGACUGCAAACCACUUAGCCGCAUGUCCAGACGAGCCUCACUGUCUGACAUCGGGUUCGGGAAACUGGAGACCUACAUGAAACUGGGCAAACUGGGAGAGGGCACUUACGCUACUGUAUUCAAGGGGCGCAGCAAGCUGACAGAAAAUCUGGUGGCCCUGAAAGAGAUCCGGCUUGAGCAUGAAGAAGGAGCCCCUUGCACCGCCAUCAGGGAAGUUUCGCUGCUGAAAAACCUGAAACACGCCAACAUCGUGACUCUGCAUGACAUCAUCCACACUGACCGCUGCCUCACUCUGGUCUUCGAAUAUUUGGACAGCGAUCUGAAGCAGUACCUUGACAACUGUGGAAACCUCAUGAGCAUGCACAACGUGAAGAUAUUUAUGUUCCAGCUUCUGCGUGGUUUAUCUUAUUGUCAUAAGAGAAAGAUUCUACACAGGGACCUCAAGCCGCAGAAUCUGCUCAUCAACGAGAAAGGAGAACUGAAGCUAGCUGACUUUGGUCUGGCAAGAGCGAAAUCUGUGCCGACGAAAACCUACUCCAACGAGGUGGUGACUCUGUGGUACCGACCUCCAGAUGUCCUGCUGGGCUCCACAGAGUAUUCAACUCCCAUAGACAUGUGGGGCGUAGGGUGUAUUCUGUACGAAUUGGCAACGGGACGGCCCAUGUUCCCAGGCUCGACCGUCAAAGAGGAGCUGCACCUGGUUUUUUGCCUCAUGGGAACCCCGACUGAAGAGACCUGGCCUGGGAUUACAGCCAAUGAGGAGUUCAAGUCCUACCUUUUCCCACUGUACCGAGCCCAGGCUCUAAUAAACCACGUUCCCAGACUGGACACCGAGGGCAUCGAUCUUCUCUCAGCUCUUCUGCUGUACGACACCAAAAAGCGGAUCUCGGCCGAGGCGUCUCUGAGACACGCGUACUUCCUCAGUUUGGGAGAAAACAUUCACUCCUUAGCAGACACUUCGUCAGUGUUCUCGCUAAAAGAGGUGCAGCUCCAGAAGGACCCUGGACACCGGAGCUCAGUCUUUCAUCCAGGUCGAGGAAAGAACCGCAGACAGAGUAUAUUCUAACGGCUGACAUACGGAGGGGAGGGAACAUCAUCACCGUGAAGCGAUGGCUGUUAAUCUCAGCAAACUGCCAAGCUGUAUCCCAAAACCUCCUCACACACACACACACACAGCUAACUCUUGGCUAAAGCCCAUUCUUUUCACUACUGUUUUAACAAAUGUGCUGUGCUUUCACCAAACUCCUAUCCAGAUAACAUGGAAAAGAAAUAUUUCCUGCCCUGUGUUCCUGUUUAACUUAGCGAUAAAUCUCUUGAGAAGUGACCUGGAUCAUAUGAUCCUAUAAAUGACCAUACAAAAAUAUAAAAAAUAUAAAAUAACACCUUCAGUAUCGUCUUCCCAAUGUAUUUAAAGGACAAAUCCACUCUGAACAACAUGCACAUGCAUCUCUCGUCUUUGUUUAUUACCCACAAUGCUGUUAUACCUGCUGAUCGAGGUGCAGCCGGAUACAUAAAGAGAGCGAUGCGGCGGCGCUUUAGUCUUUUAGUCUCUCCAGCUCUCUCAUCUAUCAUCUAUACACUCUGCUCAAACAGAUCAUCAAUAUUCAUGCUAAACCAUGUCAUCGCUCUCGCCGCCUCAUGGAUCGCUAACUCAGCCUUGUAAUAACCGCACUGCAUUCGCACCGCGGCGAAACCUGAUCAUUUUCAGCGAUGAGAGAUCCAUGAAAUCACGUCCGAGCACAACAGAGCAGGAAUAAGACAAAGCAACCACUUAGGUCACAAAUAUUAUUAUUAUAUAGACAUAUUAAACAUGUAUCAGGGUGGAGUUUUCCUUUAAAUAUGUAGAAAAUUAAUUAAUAAAUAAAUAAAUAAAUACAGAACAGACAGCGCAAAAAGAAACAGGUUUUAAUGACAUGUCCAGUAGUGACCAGGAAAGACUGUCACAGGGAGGAAAAAAUGUGUUCAGGUGUCAAAAUGUACCCAAUUAAAAGUGGACGCAACUCAGAGAAAGUUAAGAGAAAAGUGAAAGCGGUGAGACGUGUUGAAAGGUUUCCCUUUUUUCACAUUCUAUUAGAAUGGGCAGGAUUAGCAUCAGGUUUCAAUUCAAUUCAUGUUGCAAAUGUGUUACAGUCAAGGGUGAGAGGCGGGGUUUGGGGCGGAGUUUGGGGCGUACACUCCUUUCACUUUACACUCAUAUACUAGAUGUCUGAAUUCAUAUGAACUUGAAUGAAGUCAGGAAUAACAGGGAAGAUAAUCAACAACAGGUGGAUGACGUUGAUUAUUUUCCUAAAGCAGCAAUCCUGAAGCGAUUAAUUUCUCUAAUACCACAGCAAUUUGAAAAUACUCAUUAAUUAACAUUUUUGAUCCUGUUUGUAGUUAAACGUAGUGUUUUUACUCUCUUUAGAUGUUAGUAAGAAAUGUCAUUUUACCAGAUAAACACUGUUCCAAAGCUCUGACACUGAAAACACCACCUACCUGAAAACCUCACCAUCUCAACAGUUACGCAAGGUUGUUUCUUUGUUUUUGUUUUAAAUCAAAUAUAAACAUCCAUUUAGGUUACGUCCCUGUGUACGAGCUGUUGCUAUAGAAACGACAACAUUUUAGAAUGUGCAUAUAACCAUAAACCAAUCAGAUUUGAGGAACUCAGCAGCGCUGUGGCAUAAAUAAUGAUGAGGUUCGAUCAGAUGUUUCAAAGCACAAAGCACGUCCAAAGUCUGCACUUUUAACAAUGAUGCUAAAACUCGGUACGUGACGUUACGCGACGUCGAAGCCACUUCUCUUGACACAGGGUCGUGUGUAGUCUGUAGUAUUAAAACGAACACUGUCACUUUUUGUGCGUUUACCUCAGAGAUGAAAAUGUUCUUCGAAGCAUCUAAAGGUGCCUUGUACAAAUCAAUUACGACGACGGUUCCGAUUUUUAUUCUUCUUCUUCUUCUUGAUAUUAUUUGAAUAGCUAUUUUAAUACUGUUCUAGGGUCUAGAGAUGUUGCUCUUCAUCAAUAAUUGCACACAAUUUACUGCUUGGUACGAUGAACUGCUCGACCGUGUUUGCACAUGGCAUCCAAGUGUCCUGAAUUUUUGUCUUUGCCUGCCCUUUUUCUUUGUAACUCAAUAUUUCCCUUAAAAAAAAGAGCACUCUAUAUUUCUAGUCAAAGCCAUCAAGUACAGAGAACCAUAGUGGUGUCGUGGUGAAGUUCUAGUACACGAAAAAGCAUCAGAAGAGAGUACAGGAAGAGGAAGAGGAGGAGUGAGAAAGAGCAUGGCUGUGUUCCAGUACUGGUCCUCAUCACUUCCCCUUAUGAUUUCUCCUGGCUUUUUUCUUCUUAAUCAUUUAGAUUUGAUCUACUCGAUCUUUAUCACACAUCACAUAAAAGUUUCUGGUGAUAAAACAAAAAAAAAAACACAGUGAAAGUGCAAUCCUAGGUGCCUCUAUGGCAUAUAAAAUGUAAUGUGAUAACAUGCCCUCUAGGGUGCAGGCCCUCCCUCUAUCGUUUACUCCCAGUGGACAAAAUGAGAUGCACUGCCCUUUAGGCUUGCCAAAUGUAAUCAAAUGAGAUGCAGUGCCCUAUAGGCUUGCCUACGUGACAUACAACAAGAUGAGGUGCCCUAUAGGCUCUCCUAUCUGUGACACAAUUUGAUGGAGAACCCUAUAAAAUUCGGUACAUGUGACAUGUGGGGAUGCAGUGCCCCAUAGGAUCUCCUAGAUGCUACAGUGAUUAAAUGAGAUGACAUGCCCUAUAGGCUUCAUUAUUGUGUGUGAAAAUGAGUAGAAAUGCUCAAUAGAUGCUGUGCCUUUAGGCUCCCCUGCAUCUGAGAAAAUAAAAUGAAGUAUAGGAUCCUUUGCAUGUGACAUAAUUAGAUGAAAUGCCCUGUGGGCUCCCCCUAGAUGCAAAGAAAUGUAAUGAGGCUCCCGUGCAUGUGACAAAAUGAGAUGAAGUGCCCUAUAGGCUCAUCUAUCUGGUGACAAAAUGUAAUGCAGUGCCCCUUAGGCUCCCCUACAUGCAGGAAAACUGUAAGAGAUGCCCAUUAGGCUCCCCUACAUUUGACAAAUUUGAGAUGUUGUAGCAUAUAAACUAGCUUACAUGCAAGAGAAGCUGACAAAAUGAGAAGAAAUGCCUGACAGGCUCCUCUGCAUGUGACAAAAUGAGAUAAAGUGGCAUAUAAACCUCCCUACAUUCAAGAAAUUGAGAUGCAGUGGGCUUUAGUCUCUUAUUCAACAAACAGGAUAAUGUGCCCUAUAGGCUUUUUGGUCUGGUGACCAAAUUGGCAAAUGUGCCCUAUAAACUUCCCUACAUACUAUAUGCUCUCCUACCUGUAUGAAAAUAAUAUGAGACACCCAAUAGACUUGUCUACCUGGUGACAAAAUGUGAUGCAGUGCCCCUUAGGCUCCCCUACAUGCAGGAAAAUGAGAUGAUGUGCCUUGUAGGCUAUUUUACCUGGUGACAAUAUAUGAUGCAGUGCCCCUUAUGCUCCCCUACAUGCAGGAAAGUUAUAAGAGAUACCCUUUAGGCUUCCCUACAUUUGACAAAAAUGAGAUGACGUGCCACAUAAAUGUGCCUACAUGCAGGAAAAUUAAAUGAGAUACCCUAUAGGCUCCUCUACCUGGUGACAAUGUGUGAUGCAGUGCCCCUUAGGCUCCCUUACAUGCAGGAAAGUUAUAAGAAGUACCCUUUAGGCUCCCGUAUAUUUGACAAAAAUGAGAUGACGUGCCACAUAAAUGUGCCUACAUGCAGGAAAAUGAAAUGAGAUGCCCCAUAGGCUACUCUUCCUGGUGACAAUAUGUGAUGAAGUGCCCCUUAGGUUCCCCUACAUGCAGGAAAAUGAGAUGAUGUGCCCUAUAGGCUCCUCUACCUGGUGACAAAAUCAGAAGAAAUGCUCUGUAGGCUCCUUCACAUGUGACAAAAUAAGAUGCAGUGCCCUAUAGGCUGUCCUACAUGCAAGACUAUGAGAAGCAGUGUGUUUCCUCUGCAUCUGCUCUUAGUUUCCUACCCUGCUUAUUCAUUCAUUUAUUUAUUUAUUUAUUUAUUUUCCCUGCCCCUGUAUCAUACUGAGGGGAAGUCGAUGAAGGCAUGUUUACAAACAGUACUGAAGAACAGAGAGCGAGAGAGAGAGAGCGAGAGAGAGAGAGAGAGAGAAUAUGAAUAAAGGAUUACAGUUGUGUACUUCUCAGACCUUUCACUCCUUUAAACAAAAAUCUCCUCAAUGUGUGUUUUUGUGGUUAAAAAUAGAAAAUUUAAAAUUAUAUAUUGGAAAAAAAAAAUUAAUAUAUGUCUUUUAACGGGUGUUUUCCUUCUUCUCAGUGGAUAUUUUGCCAGGAAAUUGACUGUAUUAAAUACAUUUAGAUUACGUCUACAUGUUUUAUACAUAAAAAAAUAAAGAGAAAAACAAGAAAGAUUUAGAUUUUUGUAUGAAAUGUGAUAUUGAAUAUUUUGUGUGAUGUUUAUUCUAUUUCAGUAUCCUGAAGCUGAAUGUAUUGUGAUUGCUGAAGAAGCCAAAAGUGAUUAAAUAAAUUAAAGACUAAAUAAAUGAUAAAGCUCAA